AAUUGCGUUUGCAUACGACUUGUGUCUGUGUGGGAACUCGUGGAGCUCGUACGUGGGGCGAUAACUGUCGGGGAUCGAGUACGCGAGUGGAUAUAUUCGCAGGAGUGACGCAGGAAACCCUCAAGAGCUUGUGAAUUUGGUUCGCGCACACUCGCUCGCCUAUCCAAGACUAGCGUAGUAUUUUUAGCGUGCCCAGUGAGAGUUGGGAGUGUGUGCGUGUGCGUGUGCGUGUAAGUGCACGUUCUUUGAAGCAUGUGUGUUGGUGUAUGUGUGCGUGUGUGUCAUUCCCUGUGAUUUUUAUCCUCAGAGGAAGCGAAAUUUAGACCACGUCGAGCCAGAGGAAUUACGCAGAAGGGCGGAGUGAAAGAAAAAAAAAGACCGUGUUAGAUACCCAGUGUGUCAUAGUGAAAAGUAUUGGCAAGCAAACGUACAGGUGCAAGUGCAGUUGCAUGCAAAUGUCAAUCCCCUACUCCCCCCCCUCUCUAACAUACCCGAAGGACGAGGCACGGAAUUGUGUGCUAGCGACCUGUCCACCGCUAUUGCGUCAUUCGUUUUGGAGGUCCGCGAACCCAGCCCGCCGCCUGUGGGUUUUUAGUUUUUGCUCUCCCCUUUUUCGUUAUAUUUUCGGAAUGACCGCUUGGUUCUUUGAUGUUCGUGUUCGCCAGUGUUCGUUUCUGUUCGGAAGGCUUGCUUAGUUUUUUUUUUUUAAAUUAUGUAUUUAGUGACGUGAUAUUUGUAUUGUGUAGACUUAUGAUUGUAUUUCUCAAUGCAGCAGUGAGGUGAACCGAAUUUAUUUAAGAUCUUUCGAAAUUAGACCCGACGAAAAUAAAACGAUAUCGCCUCAGGGUGUACGAAUUAGAAAAUAAUAAUAAUAAUAAUAUUAAUAGUAAUAAUAAAUCCACGUUUGGGAUGUUCUCGCCUCAUACCUGAAGAGGGAAAAAAAUACCUCACUCAAACAACACCGAACUUAAACACACCGGAAAGGGAAAAAAAAUAUAUAUUAUCCUCAGUCCCACAAGAAGGAAAAUAAUUACAGUAUUAGCCCAGGAGGAUUUACCUACGACUGGCCACAGGAGCUUCAACCACGAGACAGCAACUGUCUUCGACCUACCUUAGGACACCUUACCUCAUCUACCCAUCGCAAAAGGAUGGUGUAGCGAAGAUGGGCGAGCGACUCAGUCAGUGGGCCUCGGUGCGACCCCCGCUCCUCCUGCCCCCCCGCACCCGGCCCGCACGCGCCUCCCCUCACACGCCGUGGCACUGGCACUCUCUGCUCCUGGUGCCGGCGCUCCUGCUGAUCCUGCUGGCGGGUCAGGCGAUGCCGGUGACUUCGGAGCCACAGCAUGGGCUUGGUCGGCCGUGGUCCUUGAGCAUCGGCGGCGGCGGCGGCGGGGACAGCAACAGCGGGGCGUACCCGGCCAUCACGGUGCCCACCUGUCUUAAGAGCUGGCUGCCGGAGCAAAAUAUCACGGUCAAGCCCCGCCGUGUAUACGUCAGCGGGAAGGAGGAGGUGCUGACGAUGCUGACGUCGAACCAGGUGCCACAGCAGCUGAUGACCCGUAUGGUGGCGAUUUUCCUGAAGGAGCGCCUCGGCUACGUCAACCUCACCAUCACCACCGUACCAGAUACUUUCGAUCCGGACAGAGUCAUCGACGAAAUGAGAGCCAGCAAACCGUCUAACGCAAACAGGUCAGACGUCAAAUUACCCAAUGCAAUGGUAAACUUGGAAGUGUGGAUACCACCUGGCUACAACCUGGACCCCCUGAACGCGGAUUUUGAAACGAGCAGCUUCCUUGGUUCCGGUGGUCGCUUCGGAUGGUUCUUGCCAGGGAGACUUAUCGCUGACCAGGAUUUCAUUGUGGAACAUUGGCGAGCCUUCACCGACAGCAAUUCGCGCGCGCUCUACCUCUUCUCACGGACACCAGAAGAGUUGCUCCAUUUAAUAAGCAAAAUGACUGACCCAGAGACAGGGAAAUUUUACUGCUUGGAAAAUUAUGGUUGUGAAAAAGGAAUGUACACCCCAUCUAGGUGUCGUGAAAGUGGACAGGACUGUGCCAUCCUCUUUGCUUCAUAUGCAGAUUUCAACAUCACCAAGUUUCUCCGUGAUCAAAUUGAGACUAUGAAAGCCUAUGUAAGAGUAGCCUGGAUUGGGCCUAAUCUCAACCACGAAUUCAUCGGUAACAACACCUACUACCCUGGUCCCCAUGGUCCACGUUCUGUUCUCAUAUUCCACUGGUGGCCGUCUGUUCUUCUGGAGCCAUUUGACUUCAAGUCUGUUGCCUUUUCACCAUGUAUCGACAGUUCUGUGAGAAUUGAUGGAAAAAGCCCAUAUCAAUGCAAAUAUGAGAUGCAUCGCUUCCAUAAGUUCGUGUGGAAGAAGCUCAAAAGAUAUGCAAAAUAUGCUUAUGAUGCUCUUCACAAGAUAAAGAUCAACCACACUGAAUUAAUAGACCUCAUGCACACCUAUAAUGAAAAGCAACCAAAGACCAAUUCAACACUAGAUGAGGUUGCCUGUCAGUGGAUGAAAGAGAACAAGGGCCGAUGGGACAACUGGCUACCAGUAGGUGACCUUCCAGAGCUUACUCUUGUAGGCCUUUUCCCCAUAAAUGGAAGUGACGGAAUCCAUAACAAAUUUCUUGCUCCGGGAAAUGUAUUUGCAAUGUUCAUGGCCGUGGAUGCCAUCAACGCAAAUAGCAGCAUUCUGGCUGGCCACCAGAUUCAUGCCAUUAUUUUGAAUGGUGCAUGUGAGCCUGCUAUGGUCAUGAGGCAGUUCAUUGAGAUUAUUCAGCAGUCAUCGAGUGGAGGAUUCUACAACAACCUGGCGGGCUUUGUAGGCCCAGCUUGCUCGGAUACUGUGGAGCCGAUUGCUGGCGUGUCCAAAUAUUUCAACAUGCCAAUCAUCUCAUACGGAGCGGAAGGAGCCAUAUUCUCAGAUCAGGAACACUACCCAUAUUUCUUCAGAACAAUUCCGGAAAAUAGGAUUUUUCGAUAUGUGUACAAUCACUUGUUUCAACAUCUCAAAUGGACCAGGGUUACAUCAUUUACAGAGGAUGGCCAGAGAUAUUCUGAAUACCUCACUUCUUUAAAUGACCUUCUAACUGAGAACAACAUUUCACUGUACAACUACAAAUACCCACAAGAGCGUGAAAGUCAGAACAUGAGGAAUUAUUUAAAACAGUUAAAGGAAAGAAAGUCAUUCAUUAUUAUUGGUGACUUUUAUCAAGAUGUUGCAAGGGAAGUAAUCUGUGAUGCAUUCCACCUGGGGAUGACAGCGUAUGAGAACUAUCAGUGGUUCCUUCCACACUGGUACUCAAAAGAUUGGUAUGACACUGACAAGCUCACUGGUAAAAAUAAUGUCUCUUGCACAACCAAGGACAUGCUCCGUGCCCUUCAAGGUCACAUGUCUCUCUCAUACAAGUACUUUGCGGAUGAUGGUGAUAUCAUGCAAGAGGGAAAGACAGUGAAGCAGUGGAGACAAAAUUAUAGUGAGGCUGUUAAGGACAGGGCUGUUGAGUCUGAUUAUGCUGGAUUCACUUAUGAUGCUGUGUGGACAUAUGCCCUUGCCUUGGAUAAUCUUUUUAAGGAAGAUGAGUCUUAUGCUGCUGACCUUAGGGAUUACAACACUACACAGGCAUUCAUAAAGAAGAUUCAAGCUCUUUCAUUCAACGGAGUCUCAGGACACAUCAACUUCACAUCAGGAGCUUCAAGGUUAACAGACAUCAUUGUGUGGCAGUUUCAAGAUACAGAAUAUGUUAAAGUUGGGCUGUACCAUCCUGGAUCCUCAAGUAAUGAUAGUGGAAGACUGGAAAUAAAUGAGAAUAAUCUAAAGUGGAUGUCUGGCACACAGCCAGAUGAUGGAAGCAACAAAUGUGCAGUGGAAGGCUUCAUGAAGUUGCUAAAUACCACUUGUUCAAAUGCCCUGAUAGUCCUGUGUGCAAUAUGUUUUGGUGGUCUUACACUUUUGCUGAUUAUUUGUUUCCUCUUCUUCAAGAGAAGAUAUGAAAAGCAGAUCCAGCAGAUCCAAGAGCGUGGACGGCCAUUGUUUGAGAUUUUUGACGGUUGGGAGAUUCAGAGGGAUAAAGUAGUCAUUAAUCGCAAACUUGGCGAAGGAUGUUUUGGAACUGUGUAUGGAGGAGAGUGUCAGUUUGAUGAUCAAGGCUGGGUUGCUGUUGCAGUGAAAACCUUAAAAGUUGGCUCAACUAUUUCUGAGAAGCUUGAUUUUCUGUCAGAAGCAGAAAUGAUGAAAAACUUUGUCCAUGAUAAUAUAGUACGUCUUUUAGGAGUCUGUACAAAGAGUGAACCUAUCUACACUGUGAUGGAGUUCAUGUUAUAUGGUGAUCUGAAAACCUACCUCCUUGCCCGAAGAAACUUAGUCAAUGAAAAGAAUCGUAAUGAUGAUGACGAAGUUAGUAACAGACGGCUCACUUCCAUGGCUCUUGAUAUAGCAAGAGGAUUGUCGUACUUAGCAGAUCUUAAGUUUGUCCACAGGGAUGUAGCAUGUCGUAAUUGUCUAGUAAAUGCAAAUAGGACGGUGAAGCUUGCAGACUUUGGCAUGACUAGGCCAAUGUAUGAAAACAAUUAUUACAAAUUUAAUCGUAAAGGGAUGUUACCAGUUCGCUGGAUGGCGCCAGAAUCUUUGACAGAUGGCGUCUUUACUACCAUGAGUGACAUUUGGUCAUAUGGUGUCCUGCUGUAUGAGAUUGUCACUUUUGGAGCCUAUCCAUUCCAGGGAUUGACUAAUGACCAAGUACUGGAACGUGUCAAGGCAGGCCACACUAUAGCCAUACCUCGGGGAGUUAAACCGCAAUUAGAUGUUUUGCUGAGAAUGUGUUGGCAUCGGGAUCCCAUGAAGAGGCCUCACGUCACGCAGAUCAUUGACCAUUUGACAAACUAUCCACGCUUGAUAUCCCCAUGCUUAGAUGGGCCACAGUCCUCAGUACAAAUAGAGGACACCAUAUCCUUAGAGCUAAGGAUUCCAGAUAAGGCGAGAAAACUGUCGCUAUCUCUCAACAACAGGUUUCCUCAGGCAGCGUCCUCAAGUCGGAAGCGAUCGAUGAGCGGAAACAUGGUGAUGAACAUGCCUCAACUCACCACCAGCCUCAGUGAGGAUGGCAUGAUCUCAGCGCAUUCCAACUUGGAAGCCCUCAAUUUGAACCACGUGAUGCUUGAGGAAAACGAAAUGGGAGAGGACCCUUUGUUACCCCCUGCUCAGUACGUGUCCUCGAGAUAUAUGACAAUAGUGCAUAAAGACCGCAAGGACCACAAAGACUACAAAGACCAUAAAGAAAAGGAAAGUUUAGUGAGCAGACAGCAGGGGGACUACUGCACCACAGAUAUAUCCCGUGAUUUAUGGACGAGUGUCACGCCUGUAUAGGGUAACGCCAGCCUAGGCAAAUCUAAGUGACCAAAGUAGUGUUCUAGUGUUUUAGAUGGCAAAGAUACAGCUAUAUAUUGCAGCUUCUUUUUUGAGAAGCCUGAGACCAGAUCAUAAGCAAGAAAGCUCAUAUAAAGUACUCAGAUGCUAAUCUUUUCUGGUCAUUAUAUUUUAUAUUAUUUAAGUGGUAUUUAUGAGAUUUUAUUCCCUGUAAUUAUAAAGAUAAUGAGCACAGAAGAGAUGCUUGCUGAUAUUGGCUUGUACUCAACACUGUGGAUAUUGACACUGCAGAUGGCAUCUAUCAGUAUUAUCUCAUUAUGCAAGAAGAUUCAUAUGCAAACUCUGAUGCAAUAUGAAUCAUUAUUUUAAGACAGCUAUUAUGUGCCAACGCUGAAGAUGAAACCUCGCGGGUGAAUGUUAGUAGCGGCUGUGUAGUGGAGCGAUGUCACAGCUCUGGGCCCACAAUAUUCCACUCUUUCCUAUACUUCAUGUGACUGGAGCAUAUUCAGCAAUGUAUGUUUAUACUACAUUACAAUUUGUAGGCUUAUUGGCAUGUGAAAACAGUAUUUAUGGUGGAAUAUAUUUGCAAUUGGAUCAUAUAAUAGAUGUCAUUUAGUUCUAGUGAGGGUUGGAUUUCACAACUGUGAAUUUAAUAUGGGUACUUUGCUAAUACACUGAAGAAAUUAAAUUAAACGUAAAGCAAGUGUAUAUAGCAUAUUAUAGGCAUUAUUGGCUGUAAUAGGCUUACAACUGCAUCACUUCAAAAAGCAGCUCUUCAUUCAAAUCCCUCAUGAAACAGAUUUUGUUUUAGCAUCAAAAAAUACUUUUUAUGUAUUUUUUAUAAGCAUUUAAAAAAAUAUAUAUAAUUUAGUAGCAUAACUAGAUUCAAACAAUAAAUUGGAAAGAUGCUGAAGAAAGUUCAGUCACUAUGCUGAAAGUAUGUUGUAAUGACCAUCACCAAAACCUGUUCUUUCAUAUUCAAACAUGUAACCUAAAGCUAUUUUCCAUGAACUCCUUCAACUGUGUGCUGUGAAGCAAAUUUAUCUAGUCUGCUGUAAAUCAACCCAGGAGAAUUUUAGAUACUCUUUAUGGAUUUCAAAAUGGCCCUGUUAUACUGAUGCUCAUGCAUGCUUAUUCUGUUAUAAAUAUUAUUGUAUGUAAUAGUUGAUAAUCUACACCUCAUUUUGCUUUUCUGCUACAACUAAUUUAUUCAGACUCAAAGUAACAUAGAAAUAUCCAAAGGGAAAGAGUGAAAUGGUCAUGCUGACCUUUUUCCACAAAGACUGGUUGUUCUGUUCAAGUUUCUUGGUGCAAUGUACCACAAGUCUGUCUUACUUGAUCAAGUAGAUCAGACGGUCUUCUUGGUGUAUGCUCCACGAUUGACAAGGGCUAGGUGGUGCCUUUAGUCAAUGUUGUGAGGAUGAGAAAAAAAAGAAAAAAAAAGAAAAAGGAAAAAAAGAAAAAAAAAGGUUUAGUGGUGCCCAAGGUCUUUACUGCAGGACAGAGAUGAGUCUUGCAGGCAGUUGCUAAAAUAAGCUUCUCUUGGCUUCACUGCACUCCUCUGUAGUCAUUUAUGAUCAUAGUUGGUUGCUAUGGUUGGUAUGUGCUAAGCACACAUCUUAUAUAUGUACAGUGCUAUAGCUUUUAGGGAAUAAUCAUACGUAACACAAUGUAUAUGCAGUCAUCAGUCAUCACCAUAUUUAUCACCUCACUCAUCAAGUUUAAGGUUGUGUAUGCAUCUACCAUUUAAGGAAAACGAAGCACAUUCAGAAAUUAAUUUUGUCUUAUUUCUGGAUGGUUAUCAUGAACAAUUUUUAUAAUUUCAUUAACAGGGUCAGUUAAAGCAGAGCUUUGAAAGGUAGAUGUUCAAUGGAUACUGAAGCUCUUUAAGAUAUUUACCUUGAUCAGUUCCUCUCAGUUGUAAUUUAUGAUUAUUAUUAUCUAUUAGACAUGUUUGUAUUACUUUGAAAACUAAAUUUGUAUCAAGAAUACUUAUGUACGAUAUUUUAUUAUAUUUAUAAUAUUUAAAAAUAGUAUAAAAUUAUUGUUAAAGUGUUUAAUGAUAGAAACAUUUCAUUUCUUUUCCAUUGGGGCCUACAUGUAAAACUGAAGUCGUUAAAUAAGCAAUGAAUGGUAAUAUAGCUACUACCAGGAUAGUUAAGUGCUCUAUUAGAGCAAUGAAACAUUGUCUUAACUUUUAGGUAUAUGGUUCUGAAUUGAUUUUAUAUAAUAGUGGAACAGAUUGGAUAUUUACAAUAGAUAUAUUGUACAGUCAUUCACUCAACUGUUUUUAAAAAUAAUUUAUAUACAGAUGUGUCAGUUUAUGAAAGUUGCCUUUAUUGUCACUAUCAUAAGAGAGUGCAAAUAUGUGGAGCAGUUUAUGUCUUAUUCACUUUUUUUGAAGUGAAGAGAAAGUUCAUCCGAAUGUAGAACGUUCAGUAGGAGAAUCUCUAUUGAAAGUUCAGUAUAAAAGAGUAAGAAUGAAAACUGUAAAAUUCAUAAUUUCCCUCUGAAGUGAUAGCCAGGUGCACACUACCUGAUUUCAAGUAAUUUAUUAUGUCAGUUCAGCCAGAUAUGUUGUUUAAAAAAAUAAUAAAGUUAUUUCAAAUAUCUUACUAACCAAUGUUUUCCUAGGUGGUUCAAGAUGCUAAUGAGACCCAGGCAUUCCUAGUACCAGACCUCCACCUCAGGGUAAAUGUAUUUAAUAAUAACUGGUUGCAGAUGGCAGUAUUCAUAACAGUGAGAGUGGAUGCUUCAUAUAGAUGCAUGGAUGUAUCAUUUGAAUGUUUAUCAAUGUCAAAUACUUUAAGAAUAAGCCUCUCUUUAAGGUGUAAAAAUCCAGAUUUUUGGAGAAUAAACAUCAAUAGGUCACUUUACACUUACUUUAAAAUCUGAUUCAUGUGUAAUGGUUCUUAAAAGUAGAAAUAUGUGUUCACAUGUAUGUAUUUGGGAUGCAUAAGUAUAUAGAAAAGAAAUCCCAUAAGUAUCCAAUAAAACCUAUAGAUUCUUUUUUUAUACAAUAUUUAUUUCAUCUGAAUUAAUGUAACUCAUAAAAUUUUAUUGUAAUUCAUGACAUUAGAAAGUUUUUUCUUAAAUUAUUUAAAAUUAAAGCAUGUUUACAUAUGCAGAGUUGGGAAGUAAUGCAGCUACUUUUAUACUUUAUAAGAUGGUUAAGCAAUUCAAAAGUGCUAUUUCUAAAACUAUGAAAAUGAAUCCACCACUACCAAUGCCUUCAAUGUUACAUUCUAAAAAAAGAAAUGUACUGAGAAACAGAAAGUACGACUAGAUAGUAUCACUACUAGUUUUAUAAGUGGUUCAGUUUUGCCCUUCUUUGUGGCAGGAUAGCAGGCAGCUUUCAAGCCAUGUUGCUAGCAGUUAUGGUGAUCAAUCUCUUUUUCAAAUAUAACUUACUAAAUGGUAGAUAACUGUAAUGCCCAAAAAAAUAUUGGCAAAUUUCCCAACUCUGCUCAUAAACUCAAGGUUUUAUAUGAUAUAUAUGUGUAGGACUUGGAUGUCUGUGCACAUUUGUGUGUGUGUGUGUGUGUGUGUGUGUGUGUGUGUGUGUGUGUGUGUGUGUGUGUGUGUGUGUGUGUGUGUGUGUGUGUGUUCAGAAGGCUAUUAUUUCAAUGUCUUUUAAACUCAUUUUGUAAUCUCUAUAUUUCUGGGGGCUUUGGAAAAAAUUAUCUUAUUGUAAAACUUAAUUUUCCUUUUUAAUUAUUUGUAGUGGCAGCAAUUUUCCUCUUUAUUUAUAACAUGAAUUAAAACUUUAAAAUAUAUUUGUUUUUUACAAUGUUGAUGCAUUAUUUGUAAAGUUUAUAUUUGAGUAUUCUAAAGCCAAGAAUGUAAAAGAAGAUGACUCUUUUAGAUCUUCCUGUGUUACAGUUCACCUAAAAGCUUAUAGAAACAAUUACAUUUGUUCUAGUUAUUUUUGCUACUGGUUGCAUGAAAAGGUCAUUCUUGUUUUUUGCCAUUUAGAUACAAUACAUUGAUUUAAACCCCCGGAAUACAGUGCAAAAUCUGAACUGUUUUAAUUUUUCAUCUCUUAAUUUUUCAAGUAAUUCUGGAUGCAAGAAUAGAGAUAUUGCAAAUCAGGCGUUAGCCUUUCACUUCUAUGGCAAAUUAGUACAGUGGAUCACGUGAAAAAUCAUUUCUCUAUGUUCAGUCUCCCUCCCAUCACUUGCUCUCAGCUGAUUUUAACAGAUUUUCAUUGCAUUUACAUACAUGCACAUUAAAGGAGUCAUUAAUCAUAAUAAUAAUAAAAAAGUCACUUGUUUUUCAUAGUUUUUUCCUAUUUAUUAGAUAUUAAGAAUUACAUUUUGAAUGAGUAUUAUUUCAUGCUCAUGCAGCCAAGAACCACACAAAUGCUCAGUCAGGUCAAAGGUUGGAGUGCACUGAACGCUGUUACACAUAUACAUUUUAGCUGAAGCCAGUAAUUAAGAUUCAAAUUUGGUGGAGGUCUUUUUAAUUUCAGUCUUUACAAACAUUAUAUUUUUUGCCAAAUUUCAAGAGUGUUGCCACAUGUCACCACUAUUUAGCAUAAUCCUCAGUUUAUUAUGUAUGUAGGGAAAUUCUCUUAUAGAACUUUUAUAUAACAGUACUUACAAUAUUCUGAUUCUUUACAUAUUAUGGCCAAUCAUUAGUAUAGGUAUUCUGAGAGCCACAAACAGAAGACAAAGGAAAAUCUUGUCAUUAUUAAUAUUCUCAUUAUUUUUACUGAUAUCGGUAAUAAUAUUAUUCCUAAUAGUAGUACUGGUAUUAUGUGUUGUUCUCAGAUGUAGUAUGAAUUCUCAGAUGUAAAUAAUGAAAAAAAAAUUAUGGAAACCUUUUUCCUCAUCUCAGCAAAUAUUACAAACAGGAAAGGAAUAUUCCAUGUGAAAUUUAUGUAAAAUCAUUUAAUAGUAUUAUUUGCAAAAGUGAUGUCAUUCCAAUUCAUACACUUGCUUGGAGAAUAUAUUUUCAAUGUUUUUUGA